GUCGCAUUGUUUCCAGCGCCAUCUGGCUUCAGGCACCUGAAAGGCACGCCCGCGAUUUUGAAUCUGCCCACGAAAUUAUCUACCUGUUUCGAGAUUCUUCGGUUUCCUAUUCUACAUUGCCAAAACAAAACAGCCCGCCAUGUCUCGACGGCCGGCAAAUCCUGGAGCCGAUCGGGCACUCCAAAACCAGCAAACCAUCAAGAGCCUUCUGAAAUUGGAGGCCAAUAAGGUGUGCGCUGACUGCAAGCGCAACAAGCAUCCAAGAUGGGCCAGUUGGAAUCUGGGCGUCUUCGUAUGCAUCCGAUGCUCGGGCAUCCACCGUGGCAUGGGUACGCACAUCAGCCGUGUCAAGUCUGUCGACCUCGACUCCUGGACCGAUGAACAACUACAGAGUGUAUUGAACUGGGGAAAUGCCCGCGCGAACAAAUAUUGGGAAGCAAAGUUGGCCCCUGGCCAUGUGCCCAGCGAAGCGAAGAUCGAGAACUUCAUCCGCACCAAAUACGAACUGAAGAGAUGGGUAAUGGACGGACCGAUGCCGGACCCUGCUACGUUGGAUGCCGAUGGCGAUGACGAUGUUCCCCUGAGCGUGGUCAAGGAGAAGCAAAAUAUUGAGCGGAGGGAAUCGACUCGAAAGAGCUCUAUCGGUCAGUCGUCGGCCCCAAGACGUGCCGCCCCACCACAAGAGGACUUGAUCGGUGGUGGCCUUGCCUCUGUACCACCACCGAGAGCUAGUACCGCCGGACCAACAGCGUCCAAGGUGCCUCCCAAAGCCGACCCUGCUCCUCCGAAGGCGACAAACACCAAGGAUUCGCUGCUGGGUUUGGAUUUCUUGGGCUCGGAAACUGCGGCGCCCCCUCGACCAGCCAGCACGACUGGCACACCAAGCGCUGGAGGCCAAUCCCGACCAGACCUCAAGCAGUCGAUUCUUUCACUGUACGCAGCCGCGCCACGACCUCAACCACAGGCUCCUCAACAACCAGUAUCUCAUGCCUCUUCGGGAUCAUUGAGCGGUCUGGGAUCCCCGACAGGGAUGUCACAGACCCAGGGUUCUUUUGGUGGGCUCAACGAUGCCUUCAGCAACUUGAGCUUUGGAAACUCUGCUGCUCCCAAGCCCGCCCAAGUCGAUGCGUUCUCUAGUCUUGGAAGUUUCAGCUCCCCUCGCCCUGCGGCUCAGACAACCAGCAGCUCUUCGGCCUUCUCUGGUUUGAGCGGCGGCAGCUUCUUCAACUCCAAGCCAGCCGCAUCAACUCAUCAAUCCAAGUCGUCCAUCGGCGGGCUUUCUGGGUGGGGCUCGGUCUCCUCCCCCGCGGCUGCUCCUAAACCGGCCGCCGCACCGGCCUCUGCUACCCUUGGGGACCUCUUCGACUUUUCCUCGCCAGCACCUUCUCAGCCAGCCCCCGCCCCUAAGCCUGCGGUGUCAUCUCCCCCAAUGACCUCUUCCUCCGUAUUCAAUCUCAGCCAGCCAAAGCCCGCCCCAGCUCCCGCCCCCGCGCCAGUAACCACCUCUAACACCCUUGGCUCUAUUGGCGGCAGCGGCUUCUCUGGUGCUGAUGUCUGGGGUGGAAACGCCUGGGCUUCUGACGAGCCCGCCAAGCCAGAGCCCCCAAAGGCGACGACCUCGACCUCGAAUGACUUUGGCUGGGGCUCCUUCUCCAGCCAACCCAUCGUGCCCAGUGCAUCAGGUGGUUUUGCCCCUGCUCCGAAGGUCACUGCGGACGAGGAGUUUGGCGGUUGGACAAGCGGCACCACUUCUACCAGCACAUCCAAGCCGGCUGUGCCCGGUGGCGACAGUGACUUGUUCAACAAUGUCUGGCAGUGAAUGGAUUCCAGGGGGCUGGGAAGACUACCCCUGAAUCUACAUCUCAAGCCAGGAUAAUCCCUAUAGCCAACUUUUAAUCAUGACGUUCGUUUAUACAAUGGGGCCCUUGCAUAGUAAUUUUUUUGGUGCGACUUGGUUGGGAGAAGAGGAGGGCAGACAAAUCAAAAAGCGUGGCAUCGUGUUUGUAAUCUUAUUUGCAUGUGUAGUUGUAGGGCGGGUAGACUGGGUUCAGGAUGUACGAGAUAUCACAAUGUUACUGACAUGCACCACUAUUAGAAAUGAAACCAAAAAGUAUUGGUUGAUAUAAAUGAGU